AUGAAAGUCCAUUAUAUUAAUAUAUUAUUGUUUGCUCUUCCACGAAAUAUAUUGGUAAAUACCCACAAAAAACUAUCCAUCACACCACCUCAUAUACAAACUACCAGAUUAUUAUGCGAAUGCGAAUUAUUUGCACCACAAAAUUAUGACAACGAUCCUGAAAUGAAAUCUGUGAUGCAACAAUUUGAGGAUCGUACGUCACAAAGGUUUCAAGAAUACGAUGAAAGGUUGCAAGAAAAACGACAAAUAUGUAAAGAUAAAUGCGAUAAAGAAAUCCAAAAAAUUAUUUUAAAAGAUAAAUUAGAAAAGGAAUUAACCGAAAAGUUCGCGACAUUACAAACUGAUAUACAUAGUGAUGCCAUUCCAACAUGUAUUUGCGAAAAGUCGAUAGCAGAUAAAGUGGAGAAAACAUGUUUAAAUUGUGGAAAAAAUCUAGGAGGUUUUGUUCCGGGAUUGGGCUUGAUAGGUGGCAGUGCUUUAUAUGUUGCCGCAGUAAAAUCAUCUGUGGAGUUAGGUAUUAAAAUGGGUAUGCAAUCAGUUAUUUCUGACCUAAAAGUGUUAUGGGAUCUGACUAGUUUAAUUAAGGCUAAAGUUAUAGAAAAUUUUGUUACUCCUACAAAUUAUUGUAAUAUAACAUCUAUUAUUGAAUUUCUCCAGAACAUAAAUAAGAGUUCAUGUGCAGCAAAAACUAAAAUCACUCCAUUAUUUUGCAGUACUGUAGAAUACCAAGGACCAGAAGAAUUAGCUAAACGUGUAGCAGGUAUUGUUGAACAAGCUCAAUUUGCUGGUGCUCAAGCUGCAAAUGAAAAAUUCCUUGAGCUAACAACUUCAUAUGCUAUAUUAUCUCAUCCUAUAGUAAUUUCUCUUAUAGUAGUAGUGGCUAUAGCUGUUAUACUUUUAAUUAUAUAUUUAAUUUUACGUUAUCGCAGAAAGAAGAAAAUGAAGAAAAAACUCCAAUACAUGAAAUUAAUAAAAGAAUAG